AUGUCGACGAAUAACAAAGGUGUCAAACUCCGAUGCCUUGAACGGCAUUAUAUUAAACAUAACUUUAGUGCGACUGUUGGCGUCCCCUGGCCCCGUGGGAAGUAUUGGCCUGACAGAACCACGUUCACUUGUUCUAAUCAUAUGAAUGGAUCCAUCGCUUUACAAUCAUGGGUAAUCGCGUACUGGCCAGAUGGGUCAAUCAAAUGGACCGCGCAUGCCUUCGCGGCCGACACCGACGUGGCUAGCAGCUAUUCAGUGGAAGCAAUCCCAACGACGCCUAACCACCUUGAGUCUGUUAGCACAGGUAUUUUGAUAAAGCAGGAUACAUGUACAGGAUCCAUAGAGGUUGACACUGGCAAGGUCCGCGUGGUCUUUCCUACCACCGGCUCGGAGUUAAUCAAGAGUAUCGUCUUGAAUAAUGGGACGACAAUUGGCCAAAAUGGCCGACUGGUAUUGAGCUCAAAAGCAUCGCUUCCAACGGAGACAGAAAACUCAGAUAACCACCAAUUUCUGAGCAGCAUUGAAAAUGUAAACAUUGACCAGGAAGGCCCCAUAAGGGCUCUAUUGACCGUGCGCGGAAACCACCGUGCGGUUGAUACUGACAGUCGCCCACAAUCACCAUGGCUCCCUUUCAUUGUGCGAUUUUAUCUAUAUUAUAAUUCAGAUUCCAUCCGGAUUGUCCAUACAAUCACGUAUGAUGGGGAUCCACAAACGAGCUUCAUUAGCGGCAUCGGUAUUCAGUUUGAUGUUCCGUUGAAAGAUGAACUACCUUGCAACCGGCACGUCCGUUUUGCAGGUGUUGAUGAUGGCGUUUUUGGGGAGGCCGUACAGGGUGUUACCGGUCUUCGCAGAAAUCCAGGAUUGAGUGUCCGCACGGCUCAGAUUAACGGCGAAUCUCUUCCUCCUAUUGGUACCUGGCUUGACGAGGUUGGAGAUUAUAUGAAGUGGGUGCCAUGCUGGAAAGAUUACAGCCUUUCCCAACUAUCACCAGACGGAUAUACUAUGAAGAAAAGAACUGCAGCAGGGCACAGCUGGGUCAAUAUUCCUGGCGGUACUCAAGCUGGUGGGCUUGGAUACCUUGGCGGUGCAACUCGAGGAGGUCUAGGGCUAGGAAUGCGUUAUUUUUGGGAACGAUACCCGACCGGCUUAGAUAUUCGAAAUGCCACCGAAGCCACUGGAGAAAUCACGCUGUUGUUGUACAGUCCAUCCGCAGAAGCAAUGGAUCUCCGCCCAUAUCACGACGGACUGGGCCAAGAAACCUACGACGAGGAGCUUGAUGCCCUGCGUAUCACAUAUGAAGACUGGGAGCAUGGGGUAGGAACGCCUUUUGGAAUUGCACGGACGAACGAGAUCUUUCUUUUCGCCUUUGAUCAUACCCCCACGUCUGCACAGCUAAGCAGUUCGGUACAGUAUAUGCGGAACCCACCGGUGGUGAUUCCAGACCCUGAGUAUAUCCUAGAAACAGGCGUAUUAGGCACAUUUUGGUCAAGGAGUGUCCCCACAGAGAAUACAACCCCGGCAGAAGCGGAAAUUAACCGAAACCUUGACUUUCUGUUCGAGUUUUACAAGACACAGAUAUCUCAGCGCCGAUGGUACGGCUUCUGGGAUCAUGGGGACAUCAUGCACACUUAUGACGGAGACCGCCACUCCUGGUGCUAUGAUAUAGGUGGCUAUGCCUGGGACAACUCCGAACUCUCUCCUGACUUGUUCUUCUGGUUAUACUUUUUGCGGACGAGCAGGAAGGACGUGUACCGCCUGGCUGAAGCCCUUACCAGGCACACGGGGGAGGUGGACGUGUACCAUAUCGGGCCAUGGAAGGGGCUUGGAACACGACACGGAGUCCAGCAUUGGAGCGAUAGUUGUAAGCAGGCUCGCAUAUCGAACGCCCUGUAUAGAUGGAUCUUCUUUUACCUCACGGGAGGCGAUGAGCGCACUGGCGAGCUGCUAGACGAGACACUGCAUUCAGAAAAGACUUUCUUAGCUCUAGACCCAUACCGUAAGGUGCGAAGGGACAAAGCGUCUUAUAAGCCUACCGUUGAAGCUGUGUCCAUCUCGUUGGGAACCGAUUGGUCCGCCUUUGCAGCAGCAUGGUUCAUCUCCUGGGAGAGACGAGCACCCGGUUGGGAGGAGGCGAAAAGCAAAUUGUUAUCGUCCAUGGCCGGCAUAUCUCAGCUCCACAAUGGCUUUGUGACUGGGAUGGCUCUUUACGACACCCAGACAGGGCAAAUCCAUCCUCCCUCUCACGAUUUAGCAAACCAAGGAGUCGUCCAAAUCUCCCAUCUUUCCGCCAUGUUCGGCCUGUUUGAGAUCUGCGCGGUGCUUGUCAAUUGCCUAGGAAGUGAUUUACCGAGCGGUUUUGAGAAAGCAUGGGUUGAUUAUUGUCUUUAUUUCAAUUCCACCGCAGAGGAACAGUCACAGCGGUACGGAGUAGGUUUUGGAAAUCUGAUAUUGCGCCAGGGACAUUCUCGUUUGACAGCAUAUGCGGCCAAUAGGCUUGAAGAUUCGGUUUUAGGGCAACGUUCCUGGAAGGAGUUCUAUAAUGGUGAUGGUUAUGCGCCAGAUUUGCCAUGGGUCAGCCGGUCGGUAACUGGAUGUCUCGUCCCAGUGAAUGUUGAGGAAGCGAACUGGAUAUCAACCAAUCUUUCGUCGCUUUAUGGUCUGGCGGCGAUCCAGAAUCUUGCUCUGGUGAGAAGAGCUUUGGCUUAG